GUUACACAUUGUUCACAGGUUCAAAGGAGUCAUCCCAUUCUGCUGAGGUGUAGAAUACAAAGCCACUGAGCCAGGAUGUCAAUGGGCAUGGAGAUUGUGGGCAUUGCCCUCGGAUUCAUUGGAUUUGUCAUCGCCAUCGUGGUCUGUGCCCUGCCGAUGUGGAAGGUAUCGGCCUUCAUAGGGCCCAACAUCAUCACAGCCCAGGUCAUAUGGGAAGGUUUAUGGAUGAACUGUGUGACCCAGAGUACAGGCCAGAUGCAGUGUAAAGUCUACGACUCCCUGCUGGCCUUGCCUCAGGAGCUGCAGGCCUCCAGAGCUAUGACUAUCAUCUCCAUCAUACUCGGGGUGCUGGGCGUCAUGAUCUCCAUCGUCGGAGCCAAGUGCACCAACUGUAUUGAAGAUGAGGCGUCCAAAGCUAAAGUGAUGAUCAUUGCCGGAAUCUUCUUCCUCCUUGCCGGACUCCUCGUCCUCAUCCCUGUUUCCUGGACAGCCAGCAUCAUCAUCCGUGAUUUCUACAACCCAAUCCUGAACAGCUCCCAGAGGAGGGAGCUGGGGGCUUCGCUCUACAUCGGCUGGGGUGCGGCGGCCCUGCUCCUGAUUGGUGGAGCGAUGCUGUGCAGCUCCUGCCCCCCCAAGGAGAAGAGGUACAAGCCCCCUCGGAUGGCCUAUUCUGCCCCACGCAGCACCAGCGGAGGUACUGGAGGCUACGACAGGAAGGACUAUGUGUGAAUGUGGCCCUGAAAUUAUCCGACGGUUCGGUCCGCGGAUGAGGAGAAGAAGAACAAUGCUCUGUUUUGCUUUCAAACUGAAAUUACGGGUUGAAUCCCCCGAGAAGACUCCGAGAUGAAGGGAUACGUGUACCGCUGUUGUUUUUCCUGCUUUGCUUCUCCUGACAUGAUGGUUUCUCUUGUUUCUAUG